AUGAGGAGCAGGAAAAAUGUGAUCAGGGCAACAAAGCCCAGUGAGGUUCGUCUGGAGCUUAAACAAGGGAAAACUCUUCUCAACUUCUCCUUCCGCUCUCUUUUGCGAAUUACGGCUCUUAAAGCCUUUGCAAGAUCGACUGGAUCUGGAAACUUGUUUCCUUCAGAGUCAUUUUCUGAUGUUGAGACUCGUGAGGCUGAGAUUCCUGACUCUGAGACUUCUGAUGCGGGUCAGUACGCAUUCUAUUACAAGCAUUUCGAAUAA